AUGGCGCAACGCACAGGAACUAGACAUGUCAACAGAAGCUCAAAAUACGGAAAAGGAGCUCGAGCUAAGCAGCAACGAAAAAAUUUCAGAAAGGAACGAUGGGAAAACGAUAUGAAAGAAUUGGAAACGCUUAAAAAGCGCUAUGAGGAUAUCGAUUCUGCAAGUAUUUCUAAGUUCACUGAUUUUCCACUUAGUAAAAAAACCAGGGAUGGUUUACUUGAAGCUGGCUAUGACGUGCCAACUGAAAUACAACGUGAAACGAUUGGAGUUAGCUUAAAAGGACAUGAUGUGUUGGGAGCUGCUAAAACUGGAUCGGGUAAAACGCUUGCCUUUCUUCUUCCUGUUAUAGAGUGUCUUUAUCAAAAUAGAUGGACUGCCAUAGAUGGAUUAGGUGCCCUUAUUAUAUCACCUACAAGAGAAUUGGCUUAUCAGACAUUUGAAGUACUUUGUAAAAUUGGCAAACAUCAUGAUUUCUCUGCUGGAUUAAUUAUUGGAGGAAAGGAUCUUCAAGAAGAAGCUGACAAGAUACAUCGAACAAAUAUAAUAAUAUGUACACCAGGACGAUUGCUACAACAUAUGGAUGAAACAAGUUACUUUGACUGCUGUAAUUUACUCAUGCUAG